AUGACAGACUUCAGCCCAGAUCUAUUGAAUCAGCCAGUUAUACUUGACAAUGGUUCUAGUGUUAUCAAGGCUGGUUUUGCUGGCAGCCAACAGCCAGAUGUUCUAGAAUAUGCAUGGAUUGGAAAUCCACUUGCUGAGAGGUCAAUGGUUACAGUAAGCAAUAAAGAGACAUAUAUUGGCAAUUCAGCCUAUGAAAGAAGAGCCACUCUUCAUUUAGAAUCACCAUAUUCAACCAAUGCGAUUAUGUCGUGGGAUCGACUGGAAGAUUUAUGGGACUAUGUGUUACUCAAUAAACUGGAGAUUGAACAAUUACAGGAACAUCCAGUUGUUUUGACGAACUCUAUGUCGACUAGCAAGAAGGAAGAAGAGAAGAUGUGUGAGGUAUUGUUCGAGAAGUUCUCGAUACCAGCAAUAUACUGUUCUCGCGAUCCGAUAAUGUCUUUAUAUGGGCUAGGUAGAACUACUGGAUGCUCUGUUUCUUGUGGGCAUCGAGGCAUAGGUAUCACAACAGUUAUUGAUGGUAUGAUAGUUGGUGGGAGCUCCCAAAUAUCCAAUACAGGCGGAUCGGCUGUCACAAACACCAUGCUUGAUCUACUCCGACAUAACCAUCCUAAGUUAGAGAACGGUCAGAAUGGUAUAGAAUUAAUUAGAAGUAUCAAAGAAAGAUGCUGCGUGUUAUCCAAAGAUUUCUAUAAUGAAAUUAGAGCAUAUGAAUUGAUUACCAGUAAAACAUCAAAUAAUAAAUAUCGACUACCAGACGGCAAUAUAAUUGAGAUUGGAUCAGAAAGAUUCGAAGCGCCAGAAAUAAUAUUUAAUCCACAAGCAUACGGUUACUCAGAAAUUCCUUUACAGAAAAUGAUUAUUAAUAGUAUUAGUCGUGCUGGUAUACUGCCACGUUCUCAACUUCUGGAGUCAAUAGUACUUAGUGGUGGAAGCAGCUUAAUAAAAGGUUUCGGAGAAAGACUUACAAAAGAAAUCCGUAAAGAGAUUGAUGGCAAUCAAAAAAUAAUGUUAAAUGCACCUCAUGAACGCAGAUUUUUACCAUGGAUAGGCGGAUCGGUUUUGAGUGGUCUUUCUACAAUGAAACUCCUCUGGAAGUCUAAAAGCGCCUACCGUGAAGAUAAGCACUUCGAUUUCAAUACACUUUAUAACAACCGGAUGUAG